CGACAUUAUAUUACAAAGUUAUCAUAAGUUGCCUGUCAGCCACAUGUGUGAUUCAUAACACUUGUUUCAAUAUAAUCUAUGGCCAUAUGCUGGUGUAUGAUCACCAUUCUUUUUCUUAUGGUCACGGUCCGCCCCGAAAAUGAUGACGUGACUAAUGGUUAUCUACGGUUUGCUAGUGGCAACAAGGGCUUUAAGGUGGCUCUAUUUGCCGAUCUUCAUUUUGGAGAGAAUGCGUGGAGUGACUGGGGCCCGGAUCAUGAUUUGAGCUCCAUCAAAGUCAUGUCCACCGUUCUCGACGUGGAAAGGCCAGAUUUUGUAGUAUAUCUUGGAGAUUUGGUUACAGCAAACAAUUUCAUGGUUCAAAAUGCUAGCUUGUAUUGGGAUCAAGCAAUAUCUCCAACACGAGCCAGGAACAUACCCUGGGCUAGCUUGUUCGGUAACCAUGACGAUGCACCAUUCGAGUGGCCUAUCGAGUGGUUCUCAUCGUCUGGAAUACCUCAAAUUGUCUGCCCUUCCACAAGUGCUUCCGGGGGAGACGAGUGUGCUUUUGAAGGGACGACGCGUUUGGAGCUGAUGAGAGAUGAGAUAAGGCGUAAUUCGUUGUCAUACACGCGAUUUGGUCCUCGAAAUCUAUGGCCAAGUGUGUCUAAUUAUGUUCUUACUGUUGUAUCCCCAAAAAGUGAUCACAAUACGCCUGUAAUGUUCAUGUACUUCUUGGAUUCUGGUGGUGGAUCAUCCCCUGGGGUUAUCUCAGCUAUUCAGGCUGAAUGGUUCCGCAACAAAUCCCAAGAGAUGAACCCUGAUUCAAGCAUCCAGGAGAUAGUAUUUUGGCAUAUACCGAGUAAAGCGUACGAGAAGGUGGCCAAGGAAGCUACAGCCGGACAGACGCAGUGUGUGGGUUCAAUGUUCGAAGAAGGCGUGGCGGCCCAAGACGCCGAAAUGGGAAUGAUGAAGCUUAUUAAAGAAAGGCCUUCGGUGAAAGCUAUAUUUGUGGGUCACAACCACGGGCUCGAUUGGUGCUGCCCAUAUGAGAAGAUGUGGUUGUGUUAUGCUAGACAUACCGGGUAUGGUGGCUAUGGAACUUGGGCUCGAGGUGCUAGAAUCUUGGAAAUUACCGACGAGCCUUUUUCACUCAAGUCGUGGAUUAGAAUGGAAAACGGCACGUUGCAUAGCGAAGUCGUUUUAUCCAACUAGAUAUAGUUUAUGUUAGGAUACUUCACAUGUUUAAUGGAAGAACGAACUCUCUAGCACUUAAGGCCAAAAUCAUGUUCUUCAAAA